AUGUGCCGCAGGGAGGGCCGACCGGCCCUGUUCACGCGCGCCGUCGUGGGCAAGAUGGUCAAGCGCGCCUUCCCCGACGUGCGCACCAAGCGCAGCGGCCCGCGCCACCGCGUCACUCAGUACUACCUCGGCCUGCGUCGCUCCGUCAUGACCUACGACCCCCGACCGGUCCCAGCCGCGGGCUGCAGCGACGACGCGCUCGCGGUGCCUCCGGUCAAGGAGGAAGUUGGCUUUAGCGACGUACUUGACCGCGAUCCCGGGUCGUCGGGCUCUGGGACUCGACCUUCACCCAGCUGA